CAUCCAUCCAUUAUGCCUAUCUCAAAAAGAGCCAAGGUGGUCCACGAGUCAAGGACCCUCAAAAAAUCGCACAAAGAGCAGACUCGACGGCUGUAUGCCAAUGUGCAAGCUGCAGUCACUGAAUAUGACCAUCUCUUCGUGUUUUCUGUUGACAAUAUGAGGAAUACGUAUUUAAAGGAUGUACGAACAGAAUUCGCUGACAGUCGAUUGUUUUUCGGUAAAACCAAGGUCAUGGCAAUUGCUCUAGGAACAACACCGGAAACCGCCUACGCACCAAACCUCGACCGUCUCACGCCUUAUCUCACUGGCGCAGUCGGAUUGCUAUUUACAUCUCGCGAACCUCAAUCUGUGCUUGACUAUUUCGAAUCAUUCCAUCCCCUCGACUUUGCCCGUGCGGGUAACAUAAGCCCUCGCUCAUUUACUAUACCCAGCGGCGUCGUAUAUUCUCGAGCUGGCGAGAUACCGGCCGAAGAUGACGAGCCAAUUAGCCAUACUGUUGAGCCUACUCUACGGAAAUUGAACGUCCCCACGAGACUAGUAAAGGGAAAAGUCACACUUGAAAUGGACGGGGACGGAUAUCAGGUCUGUAAGGCUGGUGAAGAGUUGGAUUCCAGGCAAUCAACCCUCCUGAAGAUGUUUGGCGUUGCUGUUGCCGAGUUCAAGGUCGAGAUGAAGGCUCGCUGGGUGAAGGAGAGCGGAGAGGUCGUGAUCUUAGAAAAGCAGGAAACAAUGGAAGUAGAUGCAUGA